CUCAUACACAUCUACAGAAACCUGGUUGAGGGUUCAUGACGACUAUUCAGCCGCGAUAGGACAUUAAUUACGACCGCCAAUUUCACUCUCUUGCGUUUUUGUGUCGUCCUUCUCUUUCAGCGCCUGCCAGGCGGCAGAAGCGUGUCUACGAGAUACCUCAUCAACAUUGCAACGACCAGCAAGCACAUAGAGUAAUACGCAUCUUGUCGCAUCUGGACACUACCACUGGCGACAAUCAAAUCCUGGUUGCGGUUUCCAUAGGGCCAUUGCCCCUCAACAUGAAUGUCGUCCAGAAAUCCUGCAUAUGAUUCGGGCGAGUCUCGUCGCUCUCCGCGAUCACGGUCGCCUGGACGGUAUAAUGAAUUUCGAGAUGAUUAUCGAGGUGGUUCCGCACGGGGUGGGGAGAGACGGAGGUCGAUCGAUUCCUCAUCAAGGCCAAACUUUUCAUCAAACAGAGACAGCUUCAGAGAGUCCAGUGGACGCGACUCAGGUCGAGAUUUUCCUCCGCGCGAGCCACCGCGAGGCCCAAAAGCUUUAAUUGAUGGAGCUCCCAGUGGCCCUCGUGCAAACAGCUACGGCGGGGACUUCAGAGGCGACUUCGGUUAUAGAGGGGAUUUCCGAGGUUCGCGGGGACGACCUCGAGGGCGAGGCGGUUGGCGUGACGAUAGUCGGGAUAGAGCUCGGGAGCCUGAACGUGAAUAUAGAAGUCCAAGAGACGACAGGGCGCUUCCGCCAUUUCGUGAUGAUCGAGGUCGGGAUCGUGAUCGAUGGGAGCGGGGUGAUAGCUUCAGAGGUCGCAGACCAUCAUCACCUCAAGGCAGAGGUCGAUCACCAAAUUACGGUUCUCGCGAACCCAUUCGAGACCCCCCGCCAAGCCAGGAUUCAGACCGUUUCGCGCGCAGAGGCUCGAGGGACGGACCUUUACCCGCUGCCUCGCCUUCUGAUGCUCUGCAAUCUUUCCGUGGUGGAUACGGUAGGGGACGAGGAGCUCGCGGACGCGGAAGGGGCGGAUACUAUGACGAUUUUCAUGGUCGGAAUCCAUCACCGGAUCCUAAUUGGAAUCGUCGAACACAGCCAUCGGCAACACCUCCUCCACAAGUUCCUGCUUUUGGUUCUGCCUCGACAGGCGUACCUGCCCCUUCCUCGGCUUCUAAAUCCCUCACGACUCCAUCACCAGUCCCUCCUACAGGCCCAGCCAUUAGUUCUGUCAUCGGGGUGCCAGUUCCGACGGCCCCCCGUUCACACGGUGCUCCUAAGGUGGCUCGCUUGCACAUUGGAAGAGAAAGUGGCGUCGUGGCAUCAAAAAAGUGGAUCAAUCCGGAGCUUGCUGGCCCAAGAAAAGUACCUUCCGAACCAUCUAGGCCAGGUUCCAGUGGCGUACAAUCUAGUAUCCAGAGCCCUGCUAGCAUUAACAAGCAACCAGAGCCGCCACUGCCUCGAUCGACUGAUAGUGAAAAAGAACCCAGGCCCAAUGAGAAGCCCUCGGAAAGAAUUGCGUCGUCGGACAAAUUUCAGCCCUCCGAGUCGAAAUCAGAGCCUGUUUCCUCAUCCAAAGAUGUUCGUCGAAAACGCCGGUUCAUUGGUGGCAAGCGUGCCGUUGUUGUCCCAUCUAAGGAGUCUCCCGCAACUGUUGACAAUGUCUCUGAUGAUUCAGAUGCCGAUUCGGUUGACUCUAUCGGUCGUGCUGAAUUCUUGGAGGAAGACAUGGAGAAGAUUGAGGGCGUACUCUCAAAAUUUCCUCCUCCUCCGGAAGACGAUGAUAGACCGUUGCCGGACGAGCUCUUGCAGUUGUACGAUGCAGGUGAGAAUAACCAGGAGGACGAGAAACAGCGGGAGGAAAGGCUCGCGUUUAUAAAGGAAUUGAAACAAGAGCUGUAUGAGGAAAAGUUAUUAGAGCUUUCCCCUCUACGGCCACCGGAAGUCCUUGACGCUUUUCUGCUAGCGCCCUACCGGGAGUCAUCCUUAGAUGAUCCUGAAUCAAUUUUCUUCAAGGCUCGACACUUUGUCGGCAAUCGCUCCAACAAACGAGAGGAUUGUGUGCCUCCGGAGGAACCGAUGGAGGAUCAAGCAGUCGGAAACAAAGAAGAGACAUUACCGACAACGGAAGACCAAGACAUGCCGGAAGCACCGCUAGUUGAAUCUGAACCGGUGGCGGUGCCUAUUAUCAAUGGCAACGAUGUUGUCUCGCGUCUCGAAGCGCAGGCAUCUGCUCUGGAAUCAGAACCUAUCAGCGAAUCUCACGUAGCAUCGACUGUAGAUUCACAACCCUUGCUGGACACCACACCUUCAGAUAAAUUCGUAGGAGUGAACGAGCCGGUACCUGAUGCGGAACCAGUUGCUGAUAGCAAACCUACGGAAGACAAGCCUAUGAUGGACCUGCCUGAGGAGAGCGAAGAUGAAUUGGCUAUACUAGAGCGCGAAGAAGAGCUUCAGGCUGUCCGCAAGAUGAUGAAGACGCCUCCGCUAUCAAGCUUACCAAAAUUUAAUUGCAAGCGAUGGGACCAAGAUCCAGAAUUCUUGAAGACUCUUGAGCCGGAUCCACUUGUGGAAGCAUUGCUGAAAAAGAAGAAAAUACUCAGUCAAGUUUCCAAGGAAAAAGAACAAGAAGCAGAGCGCCAGGCAUGGAAGGAGCGCUACUACAAAUAUCGCAAAUGGACUGACUUCUCAAAUGAUCCUGUUGCUGUUCGAAGCAGAGAGAAGUUCGUGAAGGCACGGGCAAAAGCUGCAGCUGAAGCAGCAGCUCUCUCAACUCCCACCCCUGGUGGGAAGUCAGAAUCCCGACGUACUGGAAGCAGAUUCGCAACCGCGCACGAUCUUGACAGGGUCCUUCGAGAAUCUGAACAGGAAGCCAAGGAAGCAACUGAAACCAAAGAAAAGCAAGAGCGCGAUGACAGGAUCGAAACUGCGAACGCAAAGGAGGCUACCAUUCCAGACAUGUAUUGGACUGAAGAAGAGCGACUCGAAAACGUUUUCAUCGACAGAACGCAUCUCGUCCCGUUUGAGAGAUCUAUUGCAAGGCUUGAAUAUGGGGAGCCCAUCGAUAAUUUCACAGAAGAGGAAUGUGAGAUUUUUGAAAAGGCUUACUUGGAGACUCCUAAACAGUGGGGCAAGAUCGCAGAACAUCUUCCUCAACGUGAUUAUAAAGCUUGCAUUCAACACUAUUAUCUCGUCAAGCAUAGUUCAAACCUCAAGGAAAAGAUCAAAAAACAGGGGAGGAGGAAAGGUAGAAGAGCAGCUCCGAAAGGGGCGAAGCCAAAGUCAAGCGCGUUGACGGUAGACAUCGUCAAGGGAGAAGAUGGGGAAGAUGGUCAGGAGACUGAGAAUGGGUCGGAAAGACGCCGCCCAAGACGUGCAGCCGCUCCAACGUUUGCAUUCGAGAACACUAAUGGUGACAGCGAGACGACGAGUCCAGCGCCCACUCCCGGACGAAAAUCGGCUGCGGCUCCAAAGGGAGAGACCAGUAGCGAUGCGGCUCCUACCAAGCGGAAGACCAAGGCCCCUCGUGAGAAAGCCUCCAAGCAAGCCAAGAACAGUCAACUCUUGGCUGCUGCUCCAACACCGCCGAGCCAACAAGGCGAAUCGCCAGCUACGCAGCCAGUCUCUUCCUCAUCCCGCCGCGAAUCCGCUGGUCUAAAUCGAUUUCCUCUGCAGUAUGAUGGGGCUUCCUCCACUCCUAAUUUCGUUGCUUCCCCAUACACUCCUGGUGAUAGACCUAAUCCCCCCAUGAAUGUUGAAUUUGAGGUCAUGCCACAGACUUUCGCUAGCCAAGAACGCCCCGAUUCCAGCACUCCCACGACCUCGGACGGCCAAGACCGACGAAAUCUUCAGCAAACAUCAAGCUAUUGGAGCGUACCUGAGCAAAAUGAUUUCCCUGCUUUAUUGCGGCACUUUGGGACAGAUUGGCAUGGAAUAGCAAAGUUUAUGACUUCGAAGACACAUAUCAUGGUCAAAAACUAUUAUUUACGCCAGGUAGAUUCAGGCAAAAUGAGUUCGUGGAAAGAGAUCGCGGAAGAGGCCGACGAGAAGCGAAGGAGAGGAGAGUCAACCGGCCCUCUGCCAAAGCCAAUCGUUAUACCGAAGAGACGCAUCGAUACCCCAUCAGGUUCGGUCCCACGAUCGGGAUCUGUUAUGGAGGGACUUGAUGAUAUGUCAUCUGCCGGUCAAAGCAUGGUCUUGCAGCAAGGUUCUCCAACGCAACCCGGCUUGAGUUCUCGUUUCCCGACAUUGGCUCAAGCAGGUCCCGUUCCACCGACCUUGGGUUCGCCAGCCACUCCGGCGUCAAUCUUAAGCAAGCACCUGCCUCAACAAUCCGCUCAGCAACCACCACAGCCAUUGCAGCAACAGCCAAGACCACCACGUGGACCUGCCUUAGGCUAUUUCAAUACCGAUCCGCAGCGUCCCAUCAUACAAGCCGCAAAUGCACAGCAAGGCUCAUCAACGCCACCAAUAUCCGACUCCAUCUCACAGCGUUCGCUUAUGGCCGCUCAAGAAGCACACAGAGAACGUCAAGAAGCCCUGCGGCUAGAACGUGAGCAAGCUGCUCAAGCUCAGGCUCAGGCUCAGGCUCAGGCUCAGGCUCAGGCUCAGGCUCAGGCUCAGGCUCAGGCUCAGGCUCAGGCUCAAGCUCAAGCUCAAGCUCAAGCUCAGGCCCAGGCGCAAGCCCAAGCCCAAGCUCAGGCUCAGGCCCAGGCUCAGGCUCAGGCUCAGGCUCAUGCACAGGCCCAGGCUCAGGCACAAGCACAAGCACAAGCCCAGGCUCAGGCCCAGGCUCAGGCUCAACAGGCUCAGGCCCAGCACCAAGCAAUGCAUCAGCAAGCCAUGCAGCGAGAACGUCAUCUCCAAAUGAAACAGGAGACCGACGUGUCGAAUUUGCAUCAAUAUGAACCAUAUCCGGCUUCAUCUAUGCAUCCUAGCGUCGCGGCCAAUUCAAGACCCGAAGUUGCCCACCAAAUGUCGGCAGCUGAAGUCAGACGUACAGCUCCCCCUCAGCAAUAUCCACCCCGUAGUCAUCAGUCUGUCCGGAAUAUUAUGAGCGAGAAUACCAAAACAGCUCGAGAAGUGAAGUCCAGCCCUUCGCCAGCUGUUCCUCGGCCUCCAAGGAGUGCGCCACCCGCAAGCCAAGAACAACACCCCGUGCCUCCUCCACAAGCUCCGCCUGCCGCUCCAGUCCGCCAAGAGCCUGCGCGCAAGUCGAACAUCAUGUCUUUGCUAAAUGAUGAGCCCAGUGAUCCUCACCCACCUUCGAAGCGUGUCAACGACAUUGGCUCAACCACUGUACAGACGUCGCAGACCCCUCCUCCCCAACAAGCAUUGCAACCUCCUCGUUACGCAACUCAUCACCCCCAAGCAACUUCUCAACCGCCUCCACAGAUGUCGCAGCAAAUGCCCCCACAAUUGACUUCUCAGCACCAACCUCCUCAAACCCAACACCAGUACCCUCAGCCAUCUGGAUACCCUCAGCACCAGCAUACUUCGUCUAUUGGCUCAGCUCGCAGCUAUACCCCCAACAGCUUCGAGAGCAGAAGCUAUGCUCCCCCGCCUCCAAUGCAGCAACAGCAGCCGAUGUAUUCCCAACCACCUCGUCAAUCCCUGAAUUCGCAACCUCCUCCUGUUCGCCGUGAACCACCUCUUGGUGAACAUCUGAGCGUGUCAGGCGGAUAUUCUCGUAGUUCUGCUGCCUCCCAACCCUCUAUGAGAGUGAAGGAAUCUCCGUACUCUGUAACGCCUCCUCCGCCAGUUCAGCCAGCAAGUCGACCGCAAAUGGCGUCCCCGCUUGACCAUGCGCCGCCAUCCGAGCGUGACUACUAUUCGAGGCAACCUUAUCACAUGCAGCAGCAACAGUCCAAUGCUGCUGGCUCGCCUCAACUCGGACCAACAUACCAACCCCAAAGCCAACAACAGCCGGGUCAUCGUCAAAUGGCAUUUGCGGGCCCUUCGCACAUGGCAUCGCCACCAACUCAAUAUACCGCACAACACUCGUUGCAUCGAUCAAGACAAAACAGCUUCGACGGCCGCUAUCCGCUCACAGCAUCUUCGGCACCAGCUCCACAACAGCAAGGGUACGUUCAGGCGCCACAGCACCAAGGAACCCCUUUGGGCAUGCAAUACCAGCAGCAACUCCCAGGUCGUGACCGUUUUGAGAGCAGUUACGAGAGGGACCGACGAAUGAAUGAGGAAAGGGACAGACGAAUGCAGGAAGAGGCUUACCAUCAGCGGCGAUUGGAUGAAACUCGACGUUGACCAAAUCUCUGUAGAUUAUAAUGGAUGGGAUGUUGCAAGGAGUGGCGUUGGAAGUAUUUUUGUACGAUAAUGUCGUGAUACCCCUGCACGUGCAGGCGUUAUGUCUAUAAUCAUUUCACCGAG